AGAAGUCGUCCUGCUGCUAGAGUUGUUCGCUAGCUGAGCAUGGCAGCAAAGGUAAUGAUAAAGAGGGCUGAUCCGGCAGAGCUCAAGUCCAUUUUCUUGAAGAAAGAAAACCUGAGGAUUAAUUUAAAAAUGCACCGAGCACUGUAUGGAACUCAUAUAUGCCAGUGUGGAGAAGAAUGGAGAGUACUACAUGUCCCCAGAGGACUUUGUGUCCAGGUUCCUUCAUGCACUAACAGACAUAAAGCUUUCCAAGGAGGCCACUGUUUUACUGGCAGGUGUUGUAGACCAGACCAAAGAUGGGUUGAUCUCCUUCCAGGAGUUUCUGGCUUUUGAGGCAGUGCUGUGUGCUCCGGAUGCUCUCUUCAUGGUCGCCUUCCAGCUCUUCGACAAAGCUGGAAACGGAAUUGCCACUUUUGAGGAUGUGAAACAAGUUUUCGGUCAGACCACUAUUCACCAGCACAUCCCCUUUAACUGGAACUCGGAAUUUGUUCAGCUUCACUUUGGCGCUGAGAGGAAGAAACACCUAAACUACGGGGAGUUCACUCAGUUUCUGCUGGAGAUGCAGCUUGAACAUGCCAGACAGGCUUUUAUGCAAAGAGACAAGGCCGGGACAGGCACCAUCACCGCUCUGGACUUCAGGGACAUCAUGGUGACCAUCAGACCCCACAUGCUCACACCAUUUGUGGAGGAAUGCUUAGUUGCAGCGGCCGGUGGAAGUACGUCACAUCAGGUCAGCUUUUCUUACUUUAAUGGCUUCAACUCUCUGCUAAACAACAUGGAGCUCAUUAGGAAGAUCUACACCACCCUGGCAGGCAACCGCAAAGAUGUGGAAGUUACUAAAGAGGAGUUCAUCAUUGCUGCCCAAAGGUUUGGCCAGGUGACCCCUAUGGAAGUGGACAUCCUGUUCCAGCUGGCUGACCUGUCUGAGCCAAGAGGACGUGUUGGUUUAUUUGACAUUGAGAGGACUGCACCUCUGGAGGAGGGAGCUCUUCCUUACAACCUUGCUGAGAUUCAAAGACAGCAGUCUGGUGGGGAUGGAUCUCGCUCGGUUCUGCUUCAGGCCGCUGAGUCGGCGUACAGGUUCACUCUGGGCUCUGUGGCUGGAGCGAUGGGUGCCACUGCCGUGUACCCCAUCGACCUGGUGAAGACCCGCAUGCAGAACCAACGUUCUUCAGGUUCCUUCGUGGAAGAGCUGAUGUACAAGAACAGCAUUGACUGUUUCAAGAAGGUCGUACGCUACGAGGGCUUUUUCGGCCUCUACAGAGGCCUCGUACCGCAGCUUCUGGGCGUGGCUCCCGAGAAAGCCAUAAAGCUUACAGUGAACGACUUUGUGAGAGGAAAGACUAUGAAAAAAGAUGGCAGCAUUCCUAUACCUGCUGAAAUCUUGGCUGGCGGAUGUGCUGGGGGAUCUCAGGUGAUCUUCACAAACCCUCUGGAGAUCGUGAAGAUCCGUCUGCAGGUGGCAGGAGAAAUCACCACAGGGCCACGCGUCAGCGCUCUCUCUGUCAUCCGUGACCUGGGGUUCUUCGGCCUGUACAAGGGUGCAAAAGCUUGUUUCCUGAGAGACAUCCCCUUCUCUGCCAUCUACUUCCCCUGCUACGCACAUGCCAAGGCGGCCCUGACUGAUGAAGAUGGGCGAGUGGGACCUGGCAGGCUUUUCCUGGCAGGGGCGCUGGCGGGCAUGCCUGCCGCAUCCCUGGUGACCCCUGCUGAUGUUAUCAAGACCCGGUUACAAGUGGCUGCCCGUGCAGGUCAGACCACGUACAAUGGACUCAUUGACUGUUUCUGGAAGAUUCUUCGGGAGGAGGGGCCUCGUGCCUUCUGGAAAGGAGCUGAAGCACGUGUGUUUCGCUCCUCGCCUCAGUUUGGAGUGACUCUAGUGACCUAUGAACUCCUGCAGAGGUGGUUCUACAUAGACUUCGGUGGACAAAAACCAGCUGGCACAGAGCCUACUCCCAAGUCUCGGAUCAGCCUCCCGGCGCCCAAUCCUGACCACAUCGGUGGCUUCAGGUUGGCUGUGGCCACGUUUGCUGGCAUCGAGAGUAAAUUUGGACUGCAUCUACCACGAUUCGGAGCGCCUGCCGCCCCACACGUUUGAAGCAGACGCAUCCACUUCAGCAGCACUGGAACAAACACACAUAUGAAUCUCUUCCUUCUUGUUGAGAACAGAAAGCCUUCAGAAGAUGACCUGGAAAUAAUGUUUUAUGUGAUCGUUAAUCACAACUUUAAAGUACAACAUUAGAUGGGAUGAUGUGUAAUAUUUAAAAAUCUACCACAAAGUCCUGGAUUCUUAGUGUGACUUUGAUCUAAUUUAAAUGUAAAUCAAACAUUAAGAUUGUUUUUUUUUUUUUUUUUUUUUUUUUUUUUUUACUCGAACAAAAAAAAAAAAAAACCUUUAGCAAACUGUUGCAAACCAGCUUAAUGGAUAUGGACAAACCAGUCAAUUCAAAUGACCAGUUAUAUAUACUACUAGUUUUAUUUAUUUAAUGAACAUUUUACUUGAUGCAUAUUGCAGGGUUUUAAAAGCGUACAAGCAUAUCCAGUUGGAAUUGACCAUGUUGUAUUGUUUAAAUGAUAGAUGUGCAACUGUUUACAAUUUCUUUUCUCCUCCUUUUGCCAUAAAACUAUUUAAGCACAUAGCACUCACUGGGCAGUCCAUUUCAGUGCUGAUGUGGACACUCAUAUUUGAAUGUAUUAUUGUAUUUCAUAUUAAUGUUUGUAUAGUGUUACAUUUGUGUGUUGGGAAUCUACACGCAGUGACCAUUUACGGUCAGGUCAGUGUGAAAUGAGAGUCUCCGCAGUAAGGUUUUACACAUGAUGUUUGUCAGUGUGGGUACUGUAUUUCUUAGCCCCAUACAAAAUGAUGUGAAGAAUAAAUUGAGCUGUAUAGUUGAGUUGAUUGUACAUAGUGUGCCUUACUAUGGCACUUAUACGUAUGAAAGCAAUAGAUGCACUGAUGGACAGAUUUAUUAAAGGAGAUCAAACCAAAA